AUGGUCAAAAUAAAAGAGCUAACAAAUUCGUAUUCGCCCGAUGAUUUAUCGUCUUCUGAUUCUGACGAUAAUUCAUAUCCAAAUUCGAAUGCUAGUUUUAUGCAUGGAUCGAGUACGGCGGUGAAUGAGGGACUUGGACAACCGUAUGCAGGUGUACCCAACAGGGGCGGAUUUUGGCAAUGGCACCAAGGCUAUGAAAUGUUUCCUUCGCAUAUACCACAUCAGUAUCCUCCAUAUCCCUACCAGCAAUAUUUGCAGCCAACUACAUCUUUUAUGAUAUUUAAUCCAAUGAACGGUUUUAUUCAGAGACCCUUUCAAACAGUACCGCCUACUACAAGAGUAAACGAGGCAAAAUGGCAGUCAGGGAACGAACUGCGAACAAAUGGUUCAACAACAGGAAACAAUUUUAGCACAAAAUACUAUGACGAGACGAAUGCAAAAGAAAAAGAGGACUCAGAAGAUUCGCAAUCGGGCGAUCAAAUGGGGGAAGAGGAUAAUGAAUCGGAAGAGACAAGCUCUGAAGGAUCCGAUUCAGAAACAGAAUCGGAAAAGAACGAAUUAGUAGGCACCGAUUCACUGGAUGAACCGAAAUGCUUGGAAGAGAAUGAGUCGACAACAGAAGACGAAUCAGACUCGGAAGAGCCGGAGAUGUUAACAAAGCCGGUGCAGAAAUAUGCCGACAGAGUAUAUCGCAAUUUUGAAAUUGGACGCGAAGAUUUUACCCGGGUUCCGCUAAAACUUGAGAAGGACUUAUUAGAGGAGGAUGAGGUGGAAUCGGAAGGCUUGAGAGACGAAAUUGAAGAGUCGUCAACAGAAAGCGAAUCUGACCCUGAAGAACAGCAGACGGCAUCACAGCCCGUGCAGAAAUAUGCGAACAAGCAUGAAGUUCCCAAUCCGGUUCCUCUACAACUUAGCCACAUUAAACCAUCAUCACGUGGAAUGAUCCUUAAUAGAGCUAGCACAUCGUUCAUGAAGCAAAAUGCGGAAUUGGACGAGAUCGAAUCGGAAAAAGACAAAUUAAAGAAGGUCGAAUCCGAAGAGAAUGAAACGACCACAGAAUAUGAAUCGGACUUGGAAGAGCAGGAUGAGGCAUCAAAGCCCAUGAAUAAAUAUACCGACAGACGCGAAGAUCCGAAUCGAGUUCCGCUAAAUUUUUACCACUUAAGACAAUCAUCGACAGGUUCGACAGAGAAAGAAGAAGAGUCGUCAACAGAGGACGAAUCAGACAAUCCUACAUAUCCCUACAAGCAGCAUUUGCAGCCAGCUACAUCUUCUAUGAUAUCUAAUCCAAUGCACGGUUUUAUUCAGAGGCCCUUUCAAACAGUACCGCUCACUACAAGAGUAAACGAUGCAAAAUGGAAGUCAGAGAAUGAACUGCGAACAAAUGGUUCAAAAACAGAAAACAAUUUUAGCACAAAAUGCUUAAAAUACGUUGACGACACUAAUUCAAAACAAAAAGAGGAUUUAGAAGAUUCGCAAUCGGAAGAUCAAAUGGGGGAAGACGAUAUGGAAUCGGAAGAGACAAAUUCUGAAGGGUCCGAUUCAGAAACAGAAUCGGAAAAGAACGAAUUAGUAGGCACCGAUUCACAGGAUGAACCGAAAUGCUUGGAAGAGAAAGAGUCGACAACAGAAGACGAAUCAGACUCGGAAGAGCCGGAGGAGCCGGAGAUGUUAACAAAGCCGGUGCAGAAAUAUGCCGACAGAGUAUAUCGCAAUUUCGAAACUGGACGCGAACAUUUUACCCGAGUUCCGCUACAACCUGACCAGGACUUAGUAGAAGGGGAAGAGGUGGAAUCGGAAGACGAAAUGGAAGAAUCGUCAACAGAAAGCGAAUCUGACCCUGAAGAACAGCAGACGGCAUCACAGCCCGUGCAGAAAUAUGCGAACAAGCAUGAAGUUCCCAAUCCGGUUCCUCUACAACUUAGCCACAUUAAACCAUCAUCACGUGGAAUGAUCCUUAACAGAGCUAGCACAUCGUUCAUGAAGCAAAAGGCGGAAUUGGACGAGAUCGAAUCGGAAAAAGACAAAUUAAAGAAGGUCGAAUCCGAAGAGAAUGAAACGACCACAGAAUAUGAAUCGGACUUGGAAGAGCAGGAUGAGACAUCAAAGUCCAUGAACAAAUAUACCGAUAGACGCGAAGAUCCGAAUCAAGUUCCGCUAAAAUUUUACCACUUAAGACAAUCAUCGACAGGUUCGACAGAGAAAGAAGAAGAGUCGUCAACAGAGGACGAAUCAGACAAUCCUACAUAUCCCUACAAGCAGCAUUUGCAACCAGCUACAUCUUCUAUGAUAUCUAAUCCAAUGCACGGUUUUAUUCAGAGGCCCUUUCAAACAGUACCGCUCACUACAAGAGUAAACGAUGCAAAAUGGAAGUCAGAGAAUGAACUGCGAACAAAUGGUUCAAAAACAGAAAACAAUUUUAGCACAAAAUGCUUAAAAUACGUUGACGACACUAAUUCAAAACAAAAAGAGGAUUUAGAAGAUUCGCAAUCGGGCGGUCAAAUGGGGGAAGAGGGUAAUGAAUCGGAAGAGACAAGCUCUGCAGGAUCCGAUUCAGAAACAGAAUCGGAAAAGAACGAAUUAGUAGGCACCGAUUCACCGGAUGAACCGAAAUGCUUGGAAGAGAAUGAGUCGACAACAGAAGACGAAUCAGACUCGGAAGAGCCGGAGGAGCCGGAGAUGUUAACAAAGCCGGUGCAGAAAUAUGCCGACAGAGUAUAUCGCAAUUUCGAAACUGGACGCGAACAUUUUACCCGAGUUCCGCUACAACCUGACCAGGACUUAGUAGAAGGGGAAGAGGUGGAAUCGGAAGACGAAAUGGAAGAAUCGUCAACAGAAAGCGAAUCUGACCCUGAAGAACAGCAGACGGCAUCACAGCCCGUGCAAAAAUAUGCGAACAAGCAUGAAGUUCCCAAUCCGGUUCCACUACAACUUUACCAAACUAAGUCAUCAUCAUGUGGGAUGAUCCUUAAUAGAGCUAGCACAUCGUUCACGAAGCAAAAGGCGGAAUUGAACGAGAUCGAAUCUGAAAAAGACAAAUUAAAGAAGGUCAAAUCCGAAGAGAGUGAAACGACCACAGAUAAUGAAUCGGACUUGGAAGAGCAGGAUAAGGCAUCAAAGUCCAUGAACAAAUAUACCGAUAGACGCGAAGAUCCGAAUCAAGUUCCGCUAAAAUUUUACCACUUAAGACCAUCGUGGCCUGAUAGCAUUAGGACUUUAAUAGAGAAGGAAGAGGGCGAAUCGGCUGGUUCGACUGAGGAAGAUGAAGAGUCGUCAACAGAGGACGAAUCAGACUUGGACGAGCGAAAGAAGGCAGCAAAACCCGAGCAGAUAUAUGCGUACAAGCACGAACAUCCCAAUCAAGUUUCGCUACAACUUGAACAAAAAGACGAUAUAGAAUCGGAGGACUCGGUAGAUGCCACAUCGGUGAAAGAGAACGAGUCGACAACAGAAAACGAAUCAGAGUCGGAAGAAGGUUCAACGUCUGUUCGGAAAUAUUCUGACAGAGCAUAUGGAAAUUCCCAAACUACUCGGAAAGAUCCCUAUCUAUUUCAAGUAGACAACAUGAAAGUAUCACCGCAUUACCAGAAUCUUAUUAGAGCAAGUGUUUUAGCGCAAAAACAGCAAAUAAAUUGGCCUAACUUCAAAAAACUAGAAGAAAAACAGUCGAUUAAAGAAGUGACACAGUCACCUUUGGUUCUACAAGCAAUUGAGAGGAAACCUGAGAUAUUAAAUACCUUUCACAAUCCGAAUAGGAAACGUAAACUACAAGAAAAGCAACAACCAACAAAUAAUUUGAAGCAGCAUUCGAUUAAUCAAAAAGAACAACAAAACAAAAGAAAAAAAUGGAAUAACUUAAAAUGA